UUCGAGUUGUUUUCGUCUGAUCACACUGAGAUGUUGAGGCGUAGCAGCGCCAACAUGAGCGACGGGAAGGUGCUUCGCCCCAUUGCUGCUUUCUCAUUCCGUACAUGAUUUUUGUCUGCGCAGGGGGGGGGGGGAGCUGCGAGGGGAUUGGUUGCCUCGACUCUCCUCAAUCAACCAACAUCACUUGCAGCGAUACGACCCGAGCCCAGCGAAACAGGAACCCCUGCCAAGACGUCAAGAGGCACACACCUUUGCACCAAUAUCAGCAACAAGGACGACGCAUUUCGUUCUCACCCUCCAGUUCCAACUUCUACAGCCUCACGAUAGCCUUGGCCACAACCAAGCCGAAAGACACUCUUACCGAACGACGGCUCUCAAACAUGUCGACCACCGCCGCCCCCGCCCGAGAUCUCCCAGUCAUCACCAUCCCGCCCUCACCCCCGCACCCCCACACCCACACGAUCAUCUUCCUCCACGGCCGCGGAGACAACAUCAAAUCCUUCAGCCGGGCCCUGCGCAAAUGGCACUCGUCGCGGGGCACCACCCUAUUCGACACCUUCCCCACGCUGCGAUGGGUCUUCCCGCAGGCGCCAAUGCGCCAGGUGGCGAGCACGGCCAACCUGCCGCGGCCGCACAUCUUCCCGCAGUGGUUCGAUCUGUGGACAGCGCAGGACUUCAGCGAGCGCGAGGAAGUGCAGGUCGAGGGCUUGCGCGAGAGCGUGCCGCUGAUCCGCGACAUGAUCGCGCGCGAGGCGGCCCAGCUCGGGGGCCGCUGGGACCGCGUCAUCCUGGCGGGCAUCAGCAUGGGCGGGGCCACGAGCGUGCACACGCUGUUCAACCUGGACAUCCCCGCAGAGGGCGGCGGCCGGCUGGCGGCGCUGCUGGCCUUCUGCGCUCGCUGCCCCUUCGCGGGGAGGAGCCUGCAGGGGAUGCGAGAGGUGCUCGCCCUUCCCGGCUCUCCCCCGGCCGGGGAGAACGGAGUGCUGAGGCGGACACCGGUGCUGCUGGAGCACAGCGCGGACGAUCCGCUGGUGCUGAUCGAUAACGGCCGGCGACUGAGAGACACGCUGAAGGGGUUCGGAGCGCAGGUCGAGUGGAGGGAGUACAUAACUGGCGGACACUGGUUUCAGGAGCCCGAGGGGAUUGAUGAUGCGAUCGAGUUCUUGCAGAAGUUUGUUUUCGGGCCAAAUGCCGGUGAGCAAACGCGGGCUGCGGCGGAUUCUGUUGCGAUGGAUUUGUCUUGAAACUUGGGUGGAUUAAUUACACGACAGGCAGACUGCUUAAGGUACGGUAUCUCAGGUACCUUGUCUGUCGCGCCAAAUCAUUCUCGCAUAUUUAACGCCCGAGUGGAAGUA